AUGGUUGGAAACGCUGAAGCUAACGCAGCUGAAGCUAACGCAGCCGAAGCUAACGCAGCCGAAGCUAACGCAGCUGAAGCUAACGCCACCGAAGUUAACGCCGCCAAAGCUAACGCCGCCAAAGCAAACGCCGCCAAAGCAAACGCCGCCAAAGCAAACGCCGCCAAAGCUAACGCCGCCAAAACUAACGCCGCCAAAGCUAACGCCGCCAAAGCAAACGCCGCCAAAGCUAACACCGCCAAAGCUAACACCGCCAAAGCUAACACCGCCAAAGCUAACGCCGCCAAAGCAAACGCCGCCAAAGCUAACGCCGCCAAAGCUAACGCCGCCAAAGCUAACGCCGCCAAAGCUAACGCCGCCAAAGCUAACGCCGCCAAAGCUAACGCCGCCAAAGCUAACGCCUAA